GCCCUAGUCAGAAAGUGGGGAGAGAAAUUGAAAGACGGAGAAAGAGAGAGAGAGAGAAAGACAGAAACCCAGGCUGAUAGAAAGGGAGAAACCGAGUUGGCUGGUGGGAAUUUGACUUGGAUUUUUUGUUUUGUUUUGUUUUGUUUUUCUUUCUGUUUUUUAACCCACUGUGGUUUCGCCUCUGACAGAAGAGAGGAACGCUGCUCUCUGUCCAGCAAGCAGCCCCCCACCUGGAUGGAGUGAAAGAUGCGACCCGAUGACAUUAACCCGAGGACUGGACUGGUGGUGGCCCUGGUCAGUGUCUUCCUGGUCUUUGGAUUCAUGUUCACCGUCUCUGGGAUGAAAGGGGAGACGCUGGGCAACAUCCCCCUCCUGGCCAUUGGGCCGGCCAUCUGCCUACCGGGCAUCGCGGCCAUUGCCCUGGCCAGGAAAACAGAGGGGUGUACCAAGUGGCCUGAGAAUGAGCUGCUCUGGGUCCGCAAACUGCCCUGCUUCCGGAAACCUAAGGACAAGGAGGUGGUGGAACUGCUGAGAACCCCUUCGGACCUGGAGUCAGGCAAGGGGAGCUCAGAUGAGCUGGCUAAAAAGGCAGGCCUCAGGGGGAAGCCUCCCCCGCAGGGGCAGGGCGAGGUGGCCACCGCCAGCUCCAUCACCACCCCCACACCCACGGAGGAAGGAGAAUGCCAGAGCCUGGUCCAGAGUGCACGUCAGGAGACGUCCAGAUACCUGGAUGGCUACUGUCCUUCGGCCAGUUCCCGUGCCUACAGUGCCUUGGAGGCCAAGUGCUCAGCCUGGGACAAGGCCAACUGCCCUGAGCCCGAGGACAGCAUCUUCUUUGUGCCCCAGGACAGUAUCAUCGUUUGCUCCUACAAGCAGAACAGGCCCUAUGACAGAUACUGUUGUUACAUCAAUCAGAGCCAAGGCAGGUGGGACCAGGAGACUAUAGUCUAA